AUGUCCAACUCCUAUUCACCCGCUGCCGCUCUGGGUGAUGGUAGUACAGCUCCUUCUGAGCAGCAGGCCGACCUAGCAACCAUACCUGCCCUACCCCGGAGUAUCGUCAGUCCUCCAAGCAGCAAUCGCAAGCUGAGCUUUACCAACGCGGCUGGUAAAGAUCCUCUCCUUCGGCCAUCCACACCCGCUUCGCCGUCUCCCAUCGGACCCGCGUCACCCAACCGAGGCGGCCAAGCUGGCUCGUUGGGCAAUCUUCGUGAAGCGUUGGAAACGCACUCGCCCGUUUCAUCGCCCUCAUACCGAGCCAGGCGAUCUCUUUCGGGAAGCCGCACUGCAUCAGGUAUGGCUACCCCAUCGCAGACUCGUGCUGGUCCUCCUGGCAACAUCAGCAUCCCGCCAGCACCUGCCUUCCGAGCGUCUGGUGCAGACUCUCCAGCGACGAAGCGAGCGAGCACGUCGGAGAGCAUCAAUAAGCAGAGCAAUGAUAGCGAGUUCUCUUCGGCCAGCAACGCAGAACGCGCCAGAGCGAUGAGUUUCAAACGUCCUCGGUCUCAAACUCCUCGCUCUCUGCUCAACCGUGCGAGCCUGGGCGUGUUUGGUGGCGACGCGUCCGACGCUGGCGCCUCAGGUCUUGGAGCACCAGGCAGCCAAGGGAACAAUCCUCGAUGGAGACGUUUGCGCACCACUUCGCGCGCCGCUGGAGGAGGUGGCGGCGGCGGCGAUGAUUCGGGAUGGUCUAGGUUAGAUCCCAAACUGCCUCAGCUCUUGCCUGCCCCAGCUUCUCCUUCCUCCUCUCCUAUUCCCACUGUGCCAUUCGUCGUGCUCUGCCUUGUCUGCUUUGGAGAGUUCAGCUCGGCGGGGGUGGCUGGUCCAUUCUUGUUCUUCCAGAUCGAAGACUUUGGCGUGGGCAAGGAAGAUGAGAGCGCCGUUGGCUUCUGGGCGGGUAUCGUCUGUGAGUUGAAGGCGUCAGCCUGUUUCGCAGCUUCAGCCUUCUUCUCAGUCCGUCUGACGUCUUUGCUCGACCUGCGCAGCUGCAUGCUUCUUCUUUGCUCAAUUCCUCACAUCUUUGCUGUGGGCUUCCAUCGCCACAGCGCACGGCAGACGUAUCGUGCUCCUCGUCUCUCUCGUCGGGAACGCAACAUCGCUUGUCCUCUUUGGCAUGAGCACUAAUCUGCGCAUGGCCAUCGCUGUGAGGAUGGCUCAGGGUCUGUUCAAUGGCGCUGUGGGCGUCGCAAAAGGAGCCGUGAGAGAUUUGUGCGACGAGAGCAAUGAAGCUCGUGCUAUGGGUAUGCUCGGCUUCUGGUGGGGAAUGGGUGGUAUUGUUGGGUGAGUUGAUGGCGCUUCACAUAAUAUCAGAGUGUGGGUCACUCGCUGAAACGAUUAGGCGUUCCCUCCUAUUCAGUCCGAUUCUUGGCGGCCUCCUGGAGCACCCCGCAGACAAAUAUCCCAGCAUCUUUGGCUCUUCUGUGUUCUUAAAGGAGAACCCUUACGUCUUGCCCUGCAUCGUCGCUGCCAUGUUCACCGCAUCCGGUGCUUUCCUCACGCUCUUCAUCGGCCCGGAUGGCGGCCCGCGGGAAGGUCAGAUUCGGCUGGAGAAGAGUCAAGAGGAUGGUGAUGCUAGCAUCGUUGCCUCUCCCGGUCCGGCUCACUCCAAUGUCCGUGCGUCUGGAAGUUGGGGAAGAGCUGCCGGACAGCGAAUCAGCGGCUAUUUUGGCAAUGCUCGGCCCGGUCAAACGGACGUGUCGCUCAGUCGGACAAAGACGUCAGAUUCGUCUGCGCUGCCAAGGACUUUUACACAACAGGUUGAUGAUGAAACAGGUGGUCCUCCUUCACCACCUGUGGAUGCGGAUGAGGAGGACGAAACAAACGACACGAUGCUCUCGCAUGAUGAUGGUGCUUCUGGCUUCGAUCGGCGGUCUGUAUCUGGUCCUCACGUCAGGCGUCUGAGCCGCACGACUGCUAGACAACGAGGGUUGGGAGGCGGUUCUGCAUACGGCUACGAUCGACGAUUUAGUCGCAACAGCACCCACACUUCUGCGACCGCUGCACCUCUUGGGCAGCCCACAUUGCGCCCUCGGGGGCCAGGAAGCAUCAGCACAGUCAACCAAUACGCUCCAGACUUUGAGGAGAUCGGUGCACCGCCUCGGCCUCUCACAUGGGCGCAGCGCUUCUUGCUAGCCAACGACGAUGCGGUUCACAGUAUCACCGAUCUUUGGGUCGCCGCUGCGAACGCUGUCGAAGAGUACGCAGAGGUGUUUGAGGAUGACGAGUAUAUGAAUGAUGGGGAGGAAGACUUCCCCACAGACAGCCACGCUGCUUCUUCCAGCGACGACGACACAGUGCGGGAAGCAGAAGACGACGCGCUGGGGUACGGGGAUACGCCCGCUGCAGAAGAACCACCGUCCCACUUGCCUCCUCUGCAUUUUGCCAACAUGCAACGCCGUAUGACCAGAACGCGUAGCACCGAGGCCAGCGGCCGACGUCAAUCUGGGCUCUACGCUAACAUCGGAGUGGAGAGCCCGCUUCUUUCACCUGUCGGAAAUUUGCCUACUUCGCCGCAGCCGCUGGCUUACGAGAGAACAGCAUUCGAUCCUACCUUGGCCGGCAUACCUGAAAGCGCUCGAAACAGCAUGCAUGUCGGGCAGAGUCGUCUUCCUUUGGCAUCGGAUCGCGCGUCUCAGGCAGGUGGUCGUCGCGGAGCAUCUUUGGCAAGGAUUGAAAGCGCUAGCGUGGUGGAGAGUGCGAUAGCGAAGGUCUCGCUCGAUCGCACGCCUCCUCCAAGCUUAUGGAGCCAGCUCCCACUCGUCUUCAUUGGCCAUUACGCACUGCUGUCGUUCCAUUCUUCCACCUUUGAACAAGUCUUUAUGGCCUUCCUCGUCACGCCGUAUCCUUCAGGAGGACUUGGACUGACUGCGGCUCACUUUGCUGAGCUGAUCGCCGCAAUGAUGAUUGCCCAGGUAGUUUUCCAGUUCUACCUCUAUCCCAAUGUGGUGAGUGGGGCGCUCAGUCCAUGGCAAAUAGCGCUUUCCCAGCAUGAGCUGACGAAUACUGUUUCGAUUGUAGGGGCCACCGGGUGGCAAGCUGAGCCACUUGGCAAUGCUCAGGCUUGGCACCUCGAUGUACAUUGUCGUGUACAGCUUGUUCCCCUUACUUCGCUACUUCAUCCGGGACGACGAUGCCCUCGUGAUGACGGGCAUGGUGCUCUUCGCAGCGCUCAGAUGGGCCGCUAAUAUCUGCGCCUUCACCGCCGUCGCGGUUCUGAUGAAUGCUCUUUGCCCACCUCAGUACCUUGCACUUGCCAACGGGCUUGCUCAAACGUGCUCGAGCGCAUGCAGAACCAUCGGACCGAUCAUUGGAGGUUACUUGGCCGCCAAAGGCAUCGAAGGCGGCUUUGAAAAUCACGUGUGGCCAUUCAACUACUACCUCGGCUUCCACACCGUCGGACUGCUCGGUUUCGCAGGCUUUUUGCACUGCACUCUUUUCAUCAGGUGA